UUACGUUUGUACAGCGGGGACAGGUUUCUGUUUUUGUUGUUUGAGGAAACCUUCUCGAGGAAAAUUAGGUCGUCCACUGGCAAUGAUUAGUCGACUGCAAAUCUCCUGGGCUUGCAGGAGGAUGGUUAACGGAAUCAGCCGCAACACUGCCAGAAGUGUCAGCGCACCUGCUGGCGCUGUGGCACAAGAACCUAUCAUGUUAUCCAGGCAGAAGGACUUGCCCAGGCUUCCUGUACCACCACUGCAGGAGACUCUGGAUAGGUACUUGAAAUCUGUUAAACCGCUUGUCAGCGCCGAAGAAUACGAACACACAGUCAGCGAAGUCGAGCAAUUCAUCAAGCCCGGAGGCACGGGCGAGGAACUGUAUACACUGCUUCAGCAGAGAGCACAGACAAAAGAGAACUGGGUCUCGGAAUGGUGGUUACGAGAGGCAUAUUUGAAAUACAGAAUGCCAGUGGUGGUUUACUCAAACCCGGCAAUGUCUCUUCCGAGGCAGAAUUUUGCGACAAAGCAAGACCAACUCAGAUACGCAGCUACGUUAAUUGCUGGAGCACUAGACUUCAAGAACCUCGUCGAUAAGCAGCUUCUGAAGCCAGACAUGAUGAAGGACAGUCCCCUGGACAUGUCGCAGUACCAAAAAAUAUUCUGCACGUGCAGAGUGCCCAAGGAAGGCUGCGACGAAUUGGAAUCUUACCUUCUGGAGGACGAUCCUCCGAAACACAUAAUAGUGGUGCACAACAACCAGUUCUUUGCCCUCGACGUGUACCAUCCCGACGGCACUCCCUAUGACGAACGACACAUCCUACCCAUGUUGGAGAAACUGGCAAAGUUAUCCAUGGACCCAGAUAAACCUAUAGGCAUUCUCACCACAGAGCACAGGGAUGUCUGGAGCAAAGCUUACAGUAGCCUUUGCAGCACGCACGGGAACGCAGAGUCAGUAGCAGAGAUUAAGAAGGCCAUGUUUGUAGUAUGUCUCGACCAAAAGCUGCGGUCAAACGAGCCGUACGAGGUUACUUCAGCAUUCCAGAUGUUGGUCGGUGGCCCGAGAGGGCAGAACGCUGGAAACCGGUGGUGCGACAAGACGGUACAGUUUAUUGUUGGAGAGGAAGGCAAUAUCGGUCUGCUGUAUGAACACAGUCCUUCUGAGGGGCCCCCUGUAGCAGUGCUUGUGGACCACUGCAAUAACUACAUUACCAACAAGGAAAACACAACAUGGUCAUCUGAGCCAACAGGAGCUCACACAAAGAAGUUGAAAUUUGUAAUAGAUUCUCAGACGGAGCAGUACAUUCAAAAUGCGACAAAGGCUCUGGCACAGCUGGAGAAGGAUAUAGAUCUGCGCACCUUCAAAUUUCCUGGCUACGGUAGAGAUUUUAUCAAGUCCUGCAAGCUGAGCCCAGAUAGUUUUGUACAAAUGGCUAUCCAAUUAGCAUUUUACAAGAUGCACGAGGUUCCAGGAGCCACGUACGAGAGUGCUACGACCCGAAAGUUCCUCCACGGCCGUACGGAGACCAUCCGUUCCACUUCCAUGGAAAGUUUAGAGUUCUGCAAGACGUUUCACUCCUCUAGGUCUUCAAACACGGCAAAAGAGAACAGUCUGCGUCAGGCCGUGGAGGCCCACAAAAAGUACACAAAUUUGGCCGUCAAUGGUCUCGGUGUUGACAGACUGCUGUUUGGUCUCAAGUGCGUGGCAGCAGAAAAAGACAUAACCGUCCCUUCGCUCUAUUUUGAUCUGGGUUAUAUCAUCAGCACUCACUUUAGGCUUUCUACGAGCCAGGUCCCAACAAAAUGUGACGCUCUCAUGUUCUACGGCCCCCUGGUACAAGAUGGAUACGGCUGCUGCUACAACCCGAGGCAAAGCUCCAUCAAUUUUGGACUCUCUUCUUUCACCACUUGCUUUGAGACAUCCACUGCCGCGUUCCGUGAUGCUCUAGACGAGAGUCUCACCCAAAUGCACGACUGUCUGGUUUUGUCACAGAAAUCAAAGCUAUGAUACUGCUUACCACACGUAGGUUCGUACGUCUUAGUACCUUACGACAAGAAAUUGCAUCGAUUUUACUGUGCAGUUAUGUUCCGUAUUACGCACGCAGAUAGAGAUCUAGUUUUAAGAUAAUUACCUAAUGUGCCUAUGAAAAUUCAGGCGUGUAUUUGUUGCACAUACACACGCAGCAUCGGCGCUACUAGAGAGGGGCACCAGCGGCCAUUCCAUCGCCCCUUGCAACUUCAAUGUGGGCAUGUAGGAAACUGAGAUCAGUUUUGACGUUAGUGCUUGCUCCUUUUUUCUGAGUGCCUUAGAAGAUGCGCUACAGUAUGCGCAUGAAGGCAGCAGGCAACCCUUGGGCUGUUUUGAGUGACAGCUAAUGAAGAAUAGAGCUCUAACAUUGUCGGUUUUAUGUUGUGUUAGUAUUGUAUUACUUUAAUGCAUUACACUAACUUUAGUGAAGGCCUUGUUGAGCUGAAAUAUUUUCCGUCCCUUGGCAGUGUUCGGAUAAUCAGGUCAUGAUCAAAAUUGCAGGGACGUAGGAAUUUUCUAUUCAUACAAUUUUUUUCUUCUUUCCUAUAAUUUAGGAGGAGGUUCUGGUAGUACUUUGGUGAUAUUUCUCUUAGCACUCUGUUUUUACUUGUUUACUUUAAGUUUCUGUUUUCAUUAUUUUUGAUUGACCAAUUUGUACAAAUAUCACUGCAGCAUGCAAAAUUUCUUUUCACUGACAUCUGCGUCAGCAGAGAAUUGUGGACUUAAUAUACUCGGAACAAUGCGUUCUGCGGCAUAUUACUACUCAUAAUAUAAUUAUUUGUGGCUUCUUCACACUUUUGCAGUUGUUGCAAUGCCUUCCAUGUGAGAUUAAACUUUUUUGGCCCAAAAAAUAAUGCAACCACAAAGAAAACCCAUGUUCUACUUAGACUACACGUUUACUGUUCAUUUUACUACCCAUUAACUGUUCAUUUUAAUACACAUUAACUGGGGUGAUCGGGACACCGAGACAUCGGAGUAAGGGAAUGCACAUGUUAGAUCGCAAAAUGCUGAAACUUUAGUUUGACAUGUUUCUCUCUCUCUUUUUCUCUCCCUCUCAGUGUCUUCAGUGUUUUUACGUGUCACUUUGCCUUGACUGUUCCAUCCAAACCGUGGCAAUCCGAGCUGUAAAGAGGCCUUACAAAUUAAUUGUAAUUUGUACUGUAAUGCUGAUGAGGCAAAGAAUCUAUCUCGAAUAUAUUAUGUACAUCUCUACUUAAUAUCUAGUCAUAAAUGAAUGCACGACCAACAUUAUACAUCGUACAUUGCCCCAUCUGUUACACUGCAGGCACUUUCUGUUUUACCGCUCAACUCCUAGUCUCCAUUCAUAGAAAGUUGCACAAAAGAAUGUAAGAAGGCUUAGCUGUUGCUUUAUAAAACAGCAACCCAUUGUGCCCCUUCUUUUUGAAGGAUGCACACCAACAACCUCAACGUCAAGGCCUAGUCUUACUACGACAGUAUCGAUAAUAGUAUCUUUGUUUAGGUAUGUCUGUUGCAAAGCUUUCCAAGAUGGCAGCAAGUAAUGGCGUGACUGGUUGUCGCCUGUAUAGGUCCUUCUGCAUCACUCCGACCUCGCAGAUGCGAUAGCUCAUGUUUUAUUUUAUUUGAUGAUUAGAAUAGAACAAGAUGUCUAGACCAGUCAGUUCCUUUCUCUACUGUCAAAAAAUAUUUGUUCUUGAUCGCUGUAAUAUGUGGCCUUACACAAGGGGUGUUCGAUUAACGCCUCCACAAAAUCCUUGGGAAUUGAGUUAAAGCUCCUUUUUCUAGCUGAAGUUUGGGAAAACCCGUCAAAAUGUUGCUGGUUGCAAGGUUGUCUGCACUAACUGUGGACAGGGCCUUGUGUCAUAAUGAAAUGCUCUUUUUUUUUUUUUCAGUUACAAUAAAUGACAAUACAUUGAAGGUCGA